AUGAGCAAAUAUCGCAUGGAAGCGUGUGGUAUAAAUGUAACGAGCUCAACGAGCAACUUCCAAACUUGUUCAACGGUUGUCGUCAUGGAAUCUAUACUUAACUCUCUGCAAUUCAACAGUGCCUUGGAACUGUUUCUGAAAACACUUGUGUUAACGCACCUUUCUGAUCAUUAUAGUGUGUGUAUCAUACGUGGAGUUCAGGAAGAUGUCCGACUGGAGUUCCCAAGGGCCGCCGUUACGCUCGCACUGGAAGAAUUCAAUACCUCGCGAAGCUUUGAAGCGCUGCUAGUGAGCUCCAUUAAUGCGGGAUGCGAGGGAUUUCUGGUCAUGGAGGAUGCAUUGUUUCCGUUUUUGGAUCGCUUUCGUUCCGCUCACGAAGCUGCAUACUUCCGUGCUUCGAACAAACGUAUAAUAGCCGUUACACGUCUUGGUGCACCGGAAAGAGAACGAUUACUACAGCAGGAUACCCUGGAAGUUACACCGAAUAUCUUGCUAGUGACUCCAAAUAUAUCUUUCGGAACCGUUGAUCUAUAUACGACACAUCUGUCCGCUGUAGAGCCGAGAGGAAUAACAGCGAACUUGGGGUUGAUUGAGCAAAUAUCUGUAAAGAAGGAGAUGGGAUUGCUGGCAGAUUCCGUCAAGAUAUUUCCCGACAAGUUGAGUAAUAUGCAAGGGAGGCGUGUCCGAUUGUCCACCUUACCGUAUCCACCGUGUGCCGUUGCCAAUGAAGUGCCCUUCGGACAAGGAAAUGCUCGCAGUACGGUUCCGGCAAACUAUUCGUUACAGGCGGACGGAACGGAACUAUUAAUGAUUCUGGAGCUAUGCCGUCGUCACAAUUGUACGUUAGAGAUCGAACUUGUUGCGAAUUCAGAAUGGGGUCAGGUGUAUCCGAAUGGUUCAUCCGAUGGUUUAAUUGGAUCGUUGAUCGAUCGACGUUCCGAUGUUGCUGUGGCAGCAAUCUAUCGUUGGUACAAUUGGUAUAAAUACGUGACGAUGUCGGCGUACACCGGUAGAUCGGGAAUAUCAUGUCUGGUUCCACGGCCACGACUCUUACCAUUUUGGCAGACUCCCUUUCUAUCCUUUCCUGCGAGUCUUUGGCUAAUGGUUUGUGUGUCUUUCUGUGUGGGAACGACGGCAGUUUUCAUAACGGAACGUGCCCGGCAAUAUGUGCGUCCUCCAUGUGGAACGUCCGGAGAACGAUAUAAAUUGCCUGAUGCCAUCUUCUUUAUGCUCAGCCUGUACGUGGAACAGUCCGUUCCAUUGCCGAAUGAUACGAUGGCGGGCACGAUUCUGUUGUCCUUUCUGCUCUUUGGAGGUUUCAUGGUCGGUAACAGCUACGCCGGUGCUCUUGCGAGCGUGAUGACCAUACCGCGGUACGAAAAGUCCAUUGACACCCGUGCCGACUUUGUGGCGAGUGGUAUGAAAUGGUCCGGUCCAACGGUUGCGUGGAUGAAUUCCUUGCUAAUGGCAGAACAGCCGGAGCUCGUUACGAUUAGGAAUAGUUACGAGGUCCACGACGAUGACACGCUGGCCCGGUUUUCUCACACCCGCCGCGACAUGGGAUAUGUGCAUGAGCGGCUCCAGUACGGAAGCUAUGCGCUCGAGUCCUUCAUCGAUAUCAAUGCCACACGGCUGUUGCAGCCACUGAAGGAGGACGUGUUUUGGGAACAGAUCAUAACGGCGUGCAGCAAAACUUGGCCAUUGAUGGGAUUUUACGAUGACUUAAUAUUGCGUGUGCAGCAGAAUGGCAUUUUACGAUAUUGGGAGUUGGGGAGCGUUAUCCGAAAUAUGGGACUUGAAAUUCAACGUAAUCUAGCGAAUGCACGCGUUCAUGACGCUGAUCAUGAACCGGUCAAGCUAUUGAUAGCACAUUUUCUCGGCGUAUUUUUCAUCCUUUUCGUGGGACUAACACUAGCAAUGGUGACAUUCAUUAUUGAGCUUUUGGUUUAUCGUACUAAUGCGGGUAUUGUAGGGCAAGUUGAAACCUAG